AUGUCGCUGCAACUAGUUGGUUGUCAAACCAAGAUCUCUCCAGAAGGCGACCAAACCCCCAGAAUAUGUCCUCGGUGUCAUAAUGCUGCUGUCACCAGUGCGAAAUCGAAAGAAUAUUUCGAAUUCUGCUUCGUUCCUCUGAUUCCCAUGUCGAGCAAACACAUCUGGGCUUGUUCCAUCUGCCAAUGGGCCGUGCCCAUCCAGCAGGGCUGGGAACCACCACUUGUCACGAACGGACCACCAGGUUAUUAUCCUCCUCAGCCGCCACCGACAUGGCAGCAGCAGCCAAACUAUGGUCCUCCGCAAGGAUACCCUCCUCCGGGACCUGGAUAUCAAGGACAAUACAAACCGCAAUAA